AUGACAGCAGCAACAAAGACAACAGAUUCCCACAAUAUCCCCUCCGGGGCCGUCGCAAGGUUGAGCGUCAUCGACACCGGCGCGUAUCUCUCCAGCAUCCCCUCAGCACUUUUCCUCGGACCGCCGGUUCAAGGCUUCGAAAAUAUUCCUGACCGAUCACCAGCAUGGAGUUUCUUGGUCGAAAGUCCGACGGGCAAAAAAGCAGUCUUUGAUCUAUCGCUUUCCAAAGACCUGCGUCACGUGACCCCGUCCUUCAUCCAGCAAGCUGUACAGUGCAACGCUUCGGCCGAGGCGCCGAAAGAUGUCGCCCAAGUCUUGAGUGAGAACGGGGUGGCUUUGGAGUCUGUACAGAGCAUUGUUUGGAGUCACUGGCACAUGGAUCACGUUGGCGACCCCUCGACGUUUCCCAACUCGACUGAAGUCGUGGUCGGCCCCAGAGGAAAGGAAGAUAUAUAUCCGAUGUACCCCGAGCGAGAAGAUGCAGAGUUACAUGAAAACAUCCUAAAGGGCAAGACCGUCCGCGAGAUCACAUUUGACGGAGGGCUCAAAUUCUACGGCCUUGACGCGCUAGACUUCUUCGGCGACGGCUCGUUCUACCUGGUCGACAUGCCAGGUCACACGCUCGGCCACAUCGGCGGCUUGGUGCGAACCACGUCCAACCCGGACACCUUCGCUGUGCUGGGUGGAGAUGCGUAUCACAGCGCUGGAGAGCUGCGUCCCACCACCUACAAGCCGCUACCCGAGGACAUCCCAAACCACGAUUCACUCUUCUCCGCCGGCUCCAAGUACAGCUCCUGUCCUUGCUUGUUCUUCAAGCACCUGCAAGAGAAGCGCGAUCGCACGAUUGAGCAGCCGUUCUUCGAAGUUGUCCAGGGCCACGACGUUGUCGCUGCCAAUGACACGCUUAGAAAGUCGCAAUUUCCGGAUGCUCAGGACCACUUGAUCUACCUUUCUGCGCACGACGAUGCGUUGCGAGGAGUGUUUGACUUCUACCCAAAGUCAGCAAACAACUGGAAGGAGCUCGGGUGGAAAGCGAAGAUAGACUGGGACUUUCUCAGGCAUUUGGUCAAAGGCUUGGAUGGUGAAGAACAAUAG